AUGCUCCCUAAAUUGGUGUCAUGUCUAACAAGUGAUGAUCCCAAUCUUCAAUUCGAGGCUGCUUGGGCGUUAACAAAUAUUGCAUCUGGCACAUCUUCACAGACCCUGGCUGUGGUUCAUGCGGGAGCUGUUCCACUCUUCCUCAAGUUGCUGUCUUCUUCACAUCCCAAUGUGUGUGAACAAGCUGUUUGGGCACUGGGAAACAUUAUUGGGGACGGUCCUGUUUUACGCGACUAUGUGAUUCAACUGGAUGUCAUAAAGCCACUACUGAAGCUGUUAACACCAAACAUACCACUUAACUUCUUGCGCAAUGUCACUUGGGUCAUGGUUAACCUGUGUCGUAACAAAGAUCCGCCUCCACCAGCUUCAGCUAUCAGAGAACUUCUUCCGGCCCUUCUAUAUUUGAUCAAGCAUACUGACGACAGUAUACUCGUGGAUACCGUGUGGGCUAUAUCCUAUUUAACUGAUGGAGGGAACGAUCAGAUAGAAAUGGUAAUUAAUGCAGAGAUCGUGCCUCACUUGGUCCCGUUGUUGUCACACUCAAGUUUCAAGGUGCAAACCGCUGCACUGCGUGCUGUUGGCAACAUUGUUACGGGUUCGGACCAGCAAACACAAGUUGUUCUGGAUUGUGGAGCUCUGAGUCAUUUUCCUGCUUUGUUAACCCAUCCAAGAGAUAAAAUAAACAAGGAGGCUGUGUGGUUUCUGUCCAAUAUAACUGCAGGAAACCAAAGUCAAGUGCAAGCUGUAAUUGAUCAUGGUCUAGUUCCACUCAUUAUUCAUCAUCUGUCCGAGAGUGAAUUCCUAACACAGAAGGAAGCUGCAUGGGCCAUUUCUAAUUUGACGAUCAAUGGAAAUGCAGAACAGGUAUGUAAAUAUCCGAUUGUCUUAAUAACAAAGUCUCAUGUCAACUACAAACUGAAAGUUCAUUCACUGGAUUGA